AGACCUCCUGCCCUCUGAGGAUUUCUGACAGUGAGCGCUCCAGCUCUGGGAGGAUCUUUGAUGGUUAUUUCCUCUUGUGUUUCCAGAGUUUCUGUCACUUUGACUCUCACCAUGUUGAGGAUCAGAACCUCUCUGGGAUCUGCAGCUGCUCUGCGUCCUGCUGCUGCCUCUCAGCCCUGUGUGCGCCUCUCUUCCGGCCCCCAGCAGGAGCACAGAAACUUCUAUGAAUUCCGUACCUACAGCAUUCAGCCGCACCUGAACGCAGCCUUCCUCAAACUGACCCAUGAGAAGAUCCACCUGCGCACCGCCCACUCACAGCUGAUUGGCUACUGGAGUGUGGAGUAUGGUGGCCUGAACAAGGUCUUCCACAUAUGGAAGUAUGACAGUUACUCGCAGCGGGCAGCUGUGAGGGCAGCUCUCUCUCAGGACCCCUCCUGGCUGAAGGACUAUAUCUCCGUGGCGAUCCCCAUGUUGCAGUCGCAGGAUAAUGAGGUCACUUACCUGGCUCCGUGGAGCCACCUGCAGAGCCCCCCCCAGAUGGGAGGUGUGUUCGAGCUCGCCUCCUUCCUGAUGCGUCCCGGCGGUCCGGCUGUUUGGGGUGACGCCUUCCAGGCCGCCGUCACCUCCCAUGAUGCACCGGGGUACGGCAAGCUGCUGGGAGCCUUUCACAGCGAGUGUGGCCUGCUGAACAGAGUGCACGCCCUCUGGUGGUUUGAGAGCGCUGACCAGCGAGCUGAAGUCCGACACAAAGCUCACACCGACGCCCGAGUGGUGUCUGCAGUGCGGAGCUGCGUGGGACACCUGUCCUCUCAGGAGAAUAAACUCAUGUUCCCAUGCUCCUUUUCUCCAAUGAAGUGACUUCCUGUCCCUCGGCCAAUCACAGCGCAGCAGAGUGUCAUCACUAUGUACUAAUAAAGAGAUAUAUCGAUGAUCAGCUGCAUUAAUAUAAACACUGAUAAUAAAUGAGUGUGGUCUGCCUCUCCUUAUGAUGAUCCUUUGCAUACAUCCCAUAAUGUUAUGGACAGAUGGAUGGAUGUUAGGGUCCCCCUCUGCCCUGAAAUAAACUCAACCCCAUAAACCUCCUGUCAGGGACCCUCCCCUGAGAGAGGCCUUGUAGGAGGUCGGCCUCUCUCAGGGGAGGGGGUUGAGGAGGACCAGCUGGAGGUCUGAUUGAGUUAUCAGACUGGAAGCUGUAAAAGGAGGGGGGGGGGCCUGCUCAGGUGUUCUGAUCUGUUCUACUCACUGUGUUUCAUAAUUAGUUAUGAAUGAAUUACAUGUCUAUUUCUUUAUUUGUUGCUGGAUUUAUUCCACAUUUCAUUCACUACGUUCCUAACUGUUCAAAAUAAAAGACGAGGCAGAUUC